AUGUUAUUUUGGGGUUAUGUUUUACUUGAAGAUUAUGAAAAUACGUAUCAAGUUAAAUUUAUAUGGAGCCAGACGGUAUUAUUAGAAAAUAAUAGAAAGUUCACAUUAGAAAGAAUGAUAUGUAAUUUUAUUACGAACUCUGGAGAAUUUCAAGAAAAUAACAUAAACCAAACACCUAUACCAAAUUCACAAUUUUCAAUAUUUCAAGAAGAUACAUCAUCUUUAUCCAACAAUUUAAAACAGCCUCCUGUUAAGAAGAAAUUCCGUUACAUUUUACCUUGGUCACUUCAAGAUAUGAAUCAGACGUAUUAUUUAUUAAAUAAUAUAACUGACGAUUUUCAAACUCCAUAA